UAGCAGACCUCAGCUAUUUUUCUCCCAGUAAUGAUGCUGCCGAGCUGGAGAAAUUACUCGGAGAGAAGAAAGAUGCCCUCAUUCUGGACGUUUGCUGCGGAACUGGAUUGGCGGGACAAGAGCUCUCAAAGCGUGGUUUCCACAACCUCCACGCUCUGGAUGCCUCCAAGGAAAUGUUGGAGCAGGCAGAACAGAAGGGCGUCUACAAGAAACUGAUUCAAGCUUUCAUUGGGCCUGAACGAUUGGAUAUCGCCGACGACAAAUACGAUGCAGUCAUUAUGUCUGGAGCUAUAGGAAGUAGACACGUGGACGGAGGUGGAUUGGCAGAACUGAUACGUAUUGUUAAACGGGGCGGUUACGUGACUAUGGACUACGUUUUUAAGUACAACCAUGAUAGUGACUACGGCGGGAAGAGUUUUGACGAAAUGAUAGACAGUCACAUCAUAGCCGGACGCUGGGUCACGGUGACCAGACGCUUGGUGGAGAAGUCGUUUAACUCUCUGGAUGGAAUGCAGUACACUUUUCAAGUGAAAUAAAUGCGGUCAUGGCCGAAAUGUGAUUGCUUUGCGUGAGACUAGCAUGGAUUUCUCUAACUGAAGGACUGACUUUUUCUUGAAUGAAAUUUAAUGUCAUUGCGCUAGAUGUUAAUAUUCUGAGUAAAUAAACAUCAAUUAAUAAUACAAUCAGUGCAUAAGUUAAAUAUUUUCUAUAUACCAAUUUCAAAAUUAAGCAAAUACA